AUGGUCGCUCAGCUUGAGCACCACCAUCACCAAGACGCUCCAGCCGCCUCAUCCUCCUCGCUAGAAGACCAUGUUCAGAAGACAAAGUCUCUGAUCUCUGCCCUCAAUUUUGUCUCUCGUAACCUCCCUCUUCCUCCUGAUCUCUACAACACCGUCUCUUCAAUAUAUUCAGAUGAUGGUGGGGCCCAAGAGAGAAGCCUAUUGCAGGGCAAUCCUGGGAUUUCAAUCAGAAGUGAUUUGAUGACUGAAUUUGAGGAUGCACUAUCAAAGCAAAGGCCAAAUUGCAUGUCAGGUUUUGAUCUGGCAGAAUUGAGGGAGAAUCGAUAUCAAAGCCAUAUUCUGCAUCGAUUAAAUGAACUUGAAGAUACUUAUCCUCAGAGCUUGGCCGCUAUGCCUGCUGAUACUGGGGCUUAUGAACUGCCUUCAACCAGAGGUGAAGACCUGCAGAUGAAGUGUUUACUUGAACUUCAUGGACUAAACCUAGCAGAAUUGCAAAGCAAAGUUCGAUCUGAAGUGACUUCCGAGUACUGGCUUCGUUUGAAUUGUAUGUUUCCUGACAAGCAACUUUUUGAUUGGGGUAUGAUGCGGUUGCCUCGUCCUCUGUACGGUAUAGGGGAUGCUUUUGCCAUGGAAGCUGAUGAUCAAUUCCGAAAGAAACGAGAUGCUGAGAGGCUGUCAAGGUUAGAAGAGGAAGAAAGGAACCAUGUGGAUACUAGAAAAAGAAAAUUUUUUGCAGAAAUACUUAAUGCGGUCCGAGAGUUCCAAUUGCAAAUUCAGGCUACUCUUAAAAGGAGGAAGCAAAGGAAUGAUGGAGUCCAGGCUUGGCAUGGAAGGCAAAGGCAGCGUGCGACUCGGGCGGAGAAACUGAGGCUCCAAGCCCUGAAGGCUGACGAUCAAGAAGCUUACAUGAGAUUAGUAAAGGAGAGUAAGAAUGAACGACUUACAAUGCUUCUUGAAGAAACUAAUAAACUACUUGUUAACUUGGGAGCUGCAGUCCAGCGCCAAAAAGAUGCAAAACAUUCUGAUGGCAUUGAGCCUUUGAAAGACUCAGAAGCUAAUUCGCCUGAGUUGGAUACUUUAAGGAAUGAAAGUCCACUGGAUGCAUAUCCUGAGGAAGAUGACAUUAUUGAUACUGAGCUUAAUGAUGAUAGUGGUGAUUUGCUUGAAGGCCAGCGACAAUAUGACUCAGCCAUUCAUUCAAUCCAGGAGAAGGUAAUUGAGCAGCCAUCCAUACUUAAAGGUGGCCAAUUAAGACCAUACCAGUUAGAAGGGCUUCAAUGGAUGCUGUCUUUAUUCAACAACAAUUUGAAUGGGAUUUUAGCUGACGAGAUGGGGUUGGGCAAAACAAUACAAACAAUUUCUUUGAUAGCAUAUCUCAAGGAGAAAAAGGGUGUGUGUGGGCCACACUUGAUAGUUGCUCCAAAGGCAGUGCUACCAAAUUGGAUCAAUGAAUUCUCAACAUGGAUUGAGGAGCAUGAGAUUAAAGCUUUUCUUUAUGAUGGACGUUUAGAAGAGAGAAAGGCAAUAAGGGAACAGUUAUCAAAAGAGGGGAACUUGCAGGUGUUGAUCACGCAUUAUGAUCUAAUCAUGAGAGAUAAAGCAUUUUUGAAAAAAAUUCACUGGCUGUACAUGAUUGUUGAUGAAGGGCAUCGAUUAAAGAAUCACGAGUGUGCUCUGGCAAAGACCAUUGGAGGCUAUCAGAUUAAGCGCAGACUUUUAUUGACCGGGACUCCGAUACAAAACAGCUUGCAGGAACUCUGGUCCUUGCUUAAUUUUCUCCUGCCACAUAUUUUUAAUUCUGAGGAUAAAUUUGAAGAAUGGUUUAAUGCUCCCUUUGCUGAUCGGUGUGAAGUUUCUCUUACCGAUGAAGAACAGCUAUUGAUCAUUCGUCGUUUGCAUAAUGUUAUAAGGCCAUUCAUAUUGAGGAGGAAAAAAGAUGAGGUGGAGAAAUACCUUCCUGGGAAAUUGCAGGUUCUACUAAAAUGUGAUUUGUCAGCAUGGCAGAAAGUAUAUUACCAGCAAGUUACAGAGAUGGGCAGAGUUGGGCUGCAUACUGGAUCUGGAAAAUCUAAGAGUCUACAGAAUCUGACGAUGCAGCUGAGGAAGUGUUGCAACCACCCAUACCUUUUUGUUGGAGACUACAAUAUGUGGAGGAAGGACGAAAUAAUGAGAGCAUCAGGGAAGUUUGAACUACUUGACCGCUUACUCCCAAAACUUCGUGCAACUGAUCAUAGAGUCCUGCUUUUCUCUCAAAUGACUCGUCUUAUGGACAUUCUUGAAAUUUAUUUGCAACUUCAUGAUUACAAGUAUCUUAGACUUGAUGGCUCAACAAAAACUGAGGAAAGAGGAACGUUACUAAAGAAAUUUAAUGCUCCAGACUCGCCUUACUUCAUGUUCCUUUUGAGCACUCGUGCUGGUGGUCUUGGUUUGAAUUUGCAAACAGCAGAUACUGUAAUAAUUUUUGAUAGUGAUUGGAACCCUCAAAUGGACCAGCAGGCAGAGGAUCGUGCACAUCGUAUUGGACAAAAGAAGGAAGUCAGAGUUUUUGUUUUGGUUAGUGUUGGAUCGGUUGAAGAGGUAAUCUUGGAGCGUGCAAAACAGAAGAAGGGCAUUGAUGCCAAGGUCAUCCAGGCUGGACUUUUUAAUACAACGUCCACAGCUCAGGACAGAAGAGAGAUGUUAGAGGACAUUAUGCGUAGAGGAACUAGCUCACUCGGAACAGACGUCCCAAGUGAGAGAGAGAUCAACCGCCUUGCAGCCCGUUCUCAAGAAGAGUUCCGAAUUUUUGAGGAAAUGGACAAGGAGAGAAGAAAGGAAGAGGAUUACAGAUCUCGUCUCAUGGAAGAGCAUGAGGUGCCUGAAUGGGCAUAUCAAGCACCUGAUAACAAGGAAGAUAAGGCCAAAGGUUUUGAGCAGAAUAGUACUGGUGUCUUGGGAAAGCGGAGAAGAAAGGAGGUAAUAUACGGUGACACAUUAAGUGAUCUACAAUGGAUGAGGGCUGUUGAAAAUGGACAAGACAUAUCCAAAUUGUCUAGUAAAGGAAAGAAACGAGAACAUACUCGGUCUGAAGCGAAUGAUUCUGCCAGCAAUAGUGCAGGAACAGAGAAAAAGGUUAUGGAAAUGAAGAAUGAAAACAUGUCAGUGGCAAGUGAGGGCACAAGUGAAGAUACCUUUGCUUCAGUCCCAAAAAGGCCCAAGUCUGACGAGGCAGUCACGGAAAAACCAGAUUAUCAGGUUUCGGAAAAAUCUGAACAAGGUGUUGAAGCUAGCGGUUGGAACAAGCAUAUAUUUACAUGGAAUACCUAUAAGAAGAAGAGAUCCAGUUAUGUCAUUCCAAGUUCAUCAUUGGACACCAGAGGGCAGAAUUCCAACGGAAAAGGAAAUGGUUGGGCUUGA